CGCUCGGCCGAACCGGUCGGUUUACACAGUGAUCACGGCUUCGCGUUUCCGCGGGAAACGGCAAUUUUGUAGGAAGAAUCGUCGCGGAUGUACCGAUUGUUAUCAACAUAAUCGGUCACUUCUAAUGCCACAAACUCCUAACUACAAUCAUCCGCAACAAAACUAGAAAACUUCAUGAACUCAAGAUCAAGCUCAAGGACUUGGAGCAUCGGAAACCACGGGAAAAUGCAAUCGGCAAAGCUUCAAUUGGAGAUUAAAGUUGAGAUCGUCGUUCAGUGAUCGCGUUUAUCAACAAGCUGGAUCCCCUUCACGGUGCCGAGUCUAUGAUCGAAAGCGUUUGCUCACCGGGAUGAUAACCACAUGGUUUUAGAUGUAAUAGAAUCAAGAAAUCAUUUCAGAUAAUUUGUAUUCUUACAAAUUCAAUUCUAUCGAUCGGUCGAUAACGACAUAGUGACGAUCUCGUGAAGUCAGUUGUAACGCGUGCAGAGAUUGGAUGUCUCUGCAUCUCUCGAUGGUAGAUUUUAACUGUCACGGCUGAGCGAAAUUUGACAGUCAUUGUGCAACAUGGCUUUGUUACGAUACUCAUGGGUCUUGUUACUAUCAGUUUUGACAUGCGUUCAGGGAGACCUUAGGGUAUCACCGCAGGAUUUAAAAGUACAACUCAAUAAGUGGAGCUCGUUCAAUUUUUCACUGACGGAACCGUUAGAACCUGAUAGCAAAACUGCAGUCGUUACAAUAGAUGUACAGCAUCCUGAUCUGCUAUCUACAAACCUAUCAAACUUUUCUAUUACACCGAGGGACUCAAAAACUGAAUGGGUUAUUUAUGUUAAAGGUCUGAGCGCAGGUCACUUGAUUGUUAGCGCUAACGUAACCCCUAGUGAUAUCACGGAUUUCUCCCAAGCGUUUGUUAGAGUAACAAUAGAGAAAUCGGAUACGUUAUAUCACAUCAGUGCUGUGGUUGGAUGGAUAUAUUUUUUAGCAUGGAGCGUAAGCUUCUAUCCACAAAUCUAUUCUAAUUAUAAACGUAAAAGUGUUGUGGGUCUUAAUUUUGACUUCGUAUCACUAAAUCUUAUCGGUUUUCUUAUGUACGCACUGUUCAAUUGCGGUCUCUACUGGAUACCUGAGAUUGAGAAUCAGUAUUUCGAACGAUAUCCAAAAGGCUUAAAUCCUGUACAAAUCAAUGAUAUAUUUUUUGCAUUACAUGCAGUAUUUGCUACUACAGUGACUGUCGGACAAUGUUUUAUUUAUGAGAUUGGCAAUCAAAGAGUAUCAACGACUGCACGUAUUAUCCACGGAAUAUUUGCGAUUUUUAUACUAAUAUCUUUAAUAUUAUCUUCCGUGAAGACAAUUCAGUGGCUAGAUUUUCUCUACUACUGUAGCUACGUUAAGCUCAGCGUAACGCUUAUUAAAUACGUACCGCAAGCAUUUUACAAUUAUAGGAGAAAGUCCACUGUCGGCUGGAGUAUAGGAAAUGUAUUUUUAGAUUUUACGGGUGGCAUUUUAUCAAUGCUACAGAUGAUACUCAACGCUUAUAACUAUGACGAUUGGGAGAGUAUUUUCGGAGACCCAACCAAAUUCGGUCUUGGAUUCUUUUCUGUGGCAUUUGAUGUAUUUUUCUUAAUUCAGCACUACGUUCUGUACAGACAUAACGAUGAGAAGAUGAUUGACCUGAAUGGCAGAAUAUAGCGACUCUUCGACGAGGACUUAAUUUCCCUUCCUUAAAAUUCUUUCCUGAUUCAUA